AUGAACUUCUUGCUUCUCAAUUUGGCUGUGGCGGACAUGAUGGUUGCUCUCUUUAUCACGCCACGUUUUAUUCUGAGUCACUUUUUUACGCACCCUGAUGGAAAGACCGGUACUUUAUUCUGUAAGCUGCUGACAGGUGGGAAUUUUACUUGGACGGGCGGGGCUGCUUCUGUGUUCACCUUAGUUGCCAUCGCUUUUGAAAGAUACUAUGCAGUGAUGUAUCCGUAUGGCAAUAAAGGAAAGUUGACCUACAACAAGUUGAUGGUGAGCGAAACUGAAUGUGUAUGAAUGAGAGCACAUGUCAUGAGUUAACCUAAACUGCUGGAAAAAUUUGGCUAUCUCUUAGUCUCCUGCGAUGAAAAGGGGAUAAGAAUUCCUCUUCCCCCAGCAGCUUCUGGAACACUGAGGAAGAAGACCCUCACGCCGUUUCACCCCAGGUGGCUCGAUAACUGCAGUUUAAUGAUCUCACGCAAUAGUGAUUACGUCAUAGCUUCACCACCAUUCACAUGCAUGCAACUUUUGGUAAUUUUUCCCCGCUUGUACUUGCCUAUUACCAUUUUUUUUAAACUAGCCAUUUUCCGCACAAAACUGUCAUCAAAUCUACCAAAUUCAGCAAGAAACAGGUUUUCUAAUGAAACACGGGUGAGGAUUUUCCUGAAAGCGACAAAAUUUUCUCCGUCAGUACGUUUACCGCUGUUAGCCUCCAGCCGCGCACCGAUUUUCUUUGACGAUCCAUCAGUGAGGAAUCAUAUCACUGAACAAGAGAUGAUAAGACUCGCAAAUGAAUUUAAACCCAUUUUGGGCUCUCACUUUUUUCCCGCUUGUUUUUUUGUUCGUCCGUCCUGACUACUUAAACUGACCAAUUGAUGACUAACAUCAUCUCUAACUUAUAUGUCAGAUCAUUAUUCCUACGUCAUGGACUUCAGCAGCAAUUCUCAACGUCCCACUGUUUUUGACAAUUUACUUCGAUAAAGAAGUCAAUUUCUGCAUGGAAUAUUGGCCCAAUGAAUGGCUACCCAAGGCCUACAGUUCCACUUGGUUCUUUGUGGCUGGUAUCAUUCCUGUGACACUGAUGACUGCUUUGUAUUCCAGAGUGGUGUAUUCUUUGUGGUUUAAGCAGCAUCAGAAUAAUUCCGAAAACACCAAUCAGGUAGUUUUUGUUAAUGACUGAUAUUAGGUCAUGCACUUACUGAAGAUCGUUUCACUUUCGACGUAUUAUAGUGUAUAAUUGCUGCUUGAUUAUCCAUCGUUUGAAGGAAAAAGCCCAUGAGAACCAAACCAUAGCUAUGACACCUCAAAAAUCUCACGAUAAUGAAAUAACUCAUGGAUUUCAGUGACACAACUCUCAGGUAUUAAAAGUAAUUCUGAGUUGUGUUUUUGGUCGUCAUAAUGUGCAUAUGUAAAAAUAGUGUUGAUCUGAAUCUCUUAGGCAGAGAGAGGAAGAGAAGCUCCUAAAGUGGUUUUAAUGUUCUUUUUAGGGUGUUAUGAAAGUGCGCAAAAGAGUAACCAAGAUGGUUUUGGCAGUUAGUGUUAUCUACGGAUUGUGUUGGAUGCCAGGUUUGACGAUAUAUGCGCUGAAUUACUUCAGUCCUUCUCAAAAUUACGGAGACGUCACUUACAUCACUACCAUUGUUCUUGUCACAUGCAAUUCGACAGUCAAUCCCUUUAUUUAUGUCUUUGUAAACCAGAAGUUCCGAAAGAAGAUUAAGACUCUGCUGGGCUGUGAAAUUACUUGCGGUAACAGGAUUGAACCCACCGUUAACUCAAGUCAAACUACCAAUGAUCAAACAAAUACCGUCACCAAACCAACUUUGGCAGAAGAAACUUGCGCCGGAGACAAUAACUGCGAAUUUAAAGUUUAA